AGAGGAGGGAGCUAACUAACUCUGACUCAGUCCCCACUUUGCUGUGUAUCAGUCAUGCUGGACAGAGAGGACACAGGCACCAGAGACACCAGAGACACCUUCCUCCUCCUCGGUGCUUGUCAGAGUGAGCGGUGUGCAGCGCAACAGAUGCCGCACAGAGAAAUAAGCCUUUAAUACCCUCGGGACUCGGGAAAGGGUAUAACCACUCUCUCAACACGGAUUUAAGUGAAACCUCGCACGCAACUCACCCGUGUCUCCGGCGGUGUCUCGUGCGUCGCGUCGCGGCUGCAUAUUUUGGUAUAUAUUUGACUUUUACGCACGGAACGGCGCUGGAUGAAUGCGCGGUGACGUUUUUUUGGAACAUUUGACGGCGUCUUUGGCUGAAUCCACCUGGUGUAAAGGUAGACACAGUAUCGUGCCAUGCUUGUCAGUGUCCAAUCUCAUGGAGCCAGGUGAACGAUAAUUUGGACUGGGGAUUAAAGUCGUGGAAUAACACGAGAGGCUCGUUUAACUCACCAUGCCGCCUAAGAAAAAGGGAGAGCGUCACGAUUCGGAUGCCGUUGAGGAGAGAAACGCCCAGGUGCAGCUGGAGAAGGCCAAGUACAAGCCUGUUGCAUUCGCCGUACGUUGCAACUUCUCUUACACUCCAGCGGACGACGACAACGUCCCCGUGCCGGGCCAGGCUGUCACCUUCGAGGCCAGAGACUUCCUCCACGUCAAAGAGAAGUUUAACAAUGACUGGUGGAUCGGACGGCCGGUGAAGGAGGAUGGUGUGGUGGGCUUCAUCCCAAGUCCAGUCAAUCUGGAAACCAUUCUCAUCAGAAGAGAAGUCCAGGCGAGGAAAGCUGCCAAAGCUUUAGCCAAUAAAGCAUCUGCUCAAGCAGCUCAAGACAUGAACUCAAAGAAGUACACUCCCCCGUCACAAGCCAAUCAACAAGUGAAAAAGAAACCGGGGGAGCAUGUGUCUAUGUAUGAUGUAGUGCCUACAAUGCGUCCUGUGGUUCUAAUGGGACCAUCACUGAAGGGAUUAGAGGUUACAGAUAUGAUGCAAAAAGCACUGUUUGACUUUCUGAAACAUCGAUUUGAAGGCAGAAUUACUAUCACACGAGUCACAGCAGACAUUUCUCUGGCUAAACGGUCCAUCCUCAACAACCCUGGCAAAAAGGCCUUAAUGGACCGCUCCAACACCCGUUCCCAUUUAGAUGUUGCCGCCCAGAUCCAGGGGGAGGUGGAGCGAAUCUUUGAGCUCGCACGCAGCCUGCAGCUGGUGGUUCUAGACGCAGACACAAUCAAUCAUCCUCUCCAGGUGUCCAAGACCUCGCUGGCCCCAAUUCUAGUCUAUGUCAAGAUCUCCUCACCAAAAGUGUUGACCAGACUGAUCAAGACAAGAGGAAAGUCUCAGACCAAACAUCUAAACGUUCAGCUGGUGGCAGCAGACAAGCUCGCCCAGUGCCCGCCGGAAAUGUUUGAUGUCAUCUUGGAUGAAAACCAGCUCACAGACGCGUGCGAGCACAUCGCUGAUUACCUGGAGUCCUACUGGAGAGCCACUCAUCCGCCAGAAAUGGAGCCCGUCAACGCAGUGGUGGCCCGGCUGGCUGAGAAUACACUGCCCACCAGUCCUUCAGGAAUACCGGUACAAAUCAAACACAAAUGCAUAGUGUAUACAACGAAAAGAGAGGAUGAAAGAUAAUAUUAUUCAUAGCUUCAUGUCAUCUCAUCCCACUCAUGUCAUCUGAACAAAGUCCGCUGAAUGUGGAAGAACUGCAUUGUAAAUGAAAGUUUGUGCUGGGGGAGUAGCAUGUAAUGGUGCCAGUGUGCUGCAUUAUGUAUCUGUUCUCAUCUUUCAUCUAACAUUUUCAUGUCAUCUCUCCUCAUCCUUCCCUCACUGGAAAGUUGCUGAAAUGAGAUAGGUCUGCCUCUGGUGAGUGAGACACUUUGCAAUUCUCUCUCCGUUGCAUUUUCACCAUUCAGUGCAGUAAUGAAGACGAAUUACAGACACUCCUCCUCCUGCAGAGGUUAGCGACCGAGGACAAACAUGCAUAUAUUAUGUAUUCUGUCAAGACAAACUGUUACUUGCUGAGAAACCAGUAAAAUGCAUUUUAAAUGUAACAGCAGUCCAGUCAGAAUCAGUGUAAAAACUUUAUUUGGACUUUUCACUCAUUUGACCACAAUGAUCUACACCAGGGUUUGUCAACCCAGCUCCAACACACCUGAUUCAAAUAAAUGGCUUGUUCUCAGCUUCUACAGUGCUUGCUGAUUAUCUGACCAUUUAAAUCAGGUGUGUUGGAGCAGGGAAACAUCUUAUUCACACCAGCUUCUUCUUAAAUAAGUCCAAUAAGUUUGUUUCAUCGGUUUUGGGGGAGGUGUGAAUGCGCAACCAAACUCUGAUGCUCUAAACUCUGGUCCGCCUAAAAACGUAGGUCUCGGAUCGCUUCAAGUCAACCAAAUGCAGGAAGUGGACAACGCAGGGCAUGGGUAUGUACUGAUUGCAUGAUUACACUAUGUUGCUUUUUUGUUUGUCCCAGGAUGAGCAUAAAAACAAAAAGGCAUCAGCGCCCAAGAGGAAGGGCUCCCGCGAGAACCACCUGGACCAGC